CGGACGCCUGAGCCCCCGCAGCGCUCCCGUCGACUCGCCCGCCCACCAGCCCACCAGGCGCCCUCGCCCGCCGCUCGCCCGGGCUCCCCGGCCAUGUCUCCCGCCCGGCUCCGGCCCCGACUUCGGUUCUGCCUGCUCCUGCUGCUGCUGCUGGUGCCGGCGGCGCGGGGCUGCGGGCCGGGCCGGGUGGUGGGCAGCCGGCGGCGGCCGCCGCGCAAGCUCGUGCCGCUCGCCUACAAGCAGUUCAGCCCCAACGUGCCCGAGAAGACCCUGGGCGCCAGCGGGCGCUAUGAAGGCAAGAUCGCGCGCAGCUCGGAGCGCUUCAAAGAGCUCACCCCCAACUACAAUCCCGACAUCAUCUUCAAGGACGAGGAGAACACGGGCGCCGACCGUCUCAUGACCCAGCGCUGCAAGGACCGCCUGAACUCGCUGGCCAUCUCGGUGAUGAACCAGUGGCCCGGCGUGAAGCUGCGAGUGACCGAAGGCUGGGACGAGGACGGUCACCACUCGGAGGAGUCGCUGCACUAUGAGGGCCGCGCGGUGGACAUUACCACUUCGGACCGCGACCGCAAUAAGUACGGACUGCUGGCACGCUUGGCAGUGGAGGCCGGCUUCGACUGGGUGUAUUACGAGUCCAAGGCCCACGUGCAUUGCUCCGUCAAGUCUGAGCACUCGGCUGCGGCCAAGACAGGUGGCUGCUUUCCUGCCGGAGCCCAGGUGCGCCUGGAGAGUGGGGCACGCGUGGCGCUGUCAGCCGUGAGGCCUGGAGACCGGGUGCUGGCCAUGGGGGAGGAUGGGAACCCCACCUUCAGCGACGUGCUCAUUUUCCUGGAUCGCGAGCCAGACAGGCUGAGGGCCUUCCGGGUCAUCGAGACCCAGGACCCCCCGCGCCGCCUGGCACUCACGCCCGCCCACCUGCUCUUCACCUCCAACAAUCACACGGAGCCAGCCGCCCACUUCCGGGCCACGUUCGCCAGCCAAGUGCAGCCCGGCCAGUACGUGCUGGUGGCCGGGGUGCCAGGCCUGCAGCCUGCCCGAGUGGCGGCUGUCUCCACACACGUGGCCCUUGGGGCCUACGCCCCGCUAACACGGCACGGGACGCUGGUGGUGGAGGAUGUGGUGGCUUCCUGCUUCGCGGCCGUGGCGGACCACCGUCUGGCUCAGUUGGCCUUCUGGCCCCUGCGACUGUUUCACAGCUUGGCGUGGGGCAGCUGGAGCCCGGGAGAGGGGGUGCACUGGUACCCCCAGGUGCUCUACCGUCUGGGACGGCUCCUGUUGGAAGAGGGUAGCUUCCACUCGCUGGGCAUGGCCGGCCCAGGGAGCUGA